AUGCCCACAAUGGCCACCCCUUGUGUUUCGCAACGGUGUGGCCUAUGCGGCUUCAAGCUUCAAGACAAUGAUGAUAUUGUUGCCAUAAUGCACGAUGGACAGCAGUCGAAGACGAUGACUAACAAACCAUCGAUACUUGAAGAAUUUGAAUUCAUCGAGUGCGUUGGGGCCUGCCCUCACCUUGGUGGACAGGCAACGGGCUGCCAUAUCGCAUGCGCCAAUCACGUACCCUCAGCAUUACGCGUAUCACUCCUCAGGGCGUUGGCGUACCAAUACGAACCUUCACCGAGUGAACUGGCCGCGCGCAUCAGAUGGCUCCGUCUACAGUUUGCUACGUCACCGAUCCUAAGGCGAGCGGAACCACACUUACCCCAAGAACUUCGUUAUCAUAUUGCGAAGUACCUCCUGCAGGGCCCCUCUCUGCACCGCUACGCCAUGGCAUAUGCUCAAACCCUGCCGAAGAUGGAGAGCGGCAGCUCCCUCAUUCGCGUCUCGGCCAGGAUUUGGGCGCGUUUCAUCGACUUUGAAGGCGUUCGAUAUUUUUCGUCCAUGAGCAAUUCGUGCGAUAACCAUCAUACGGAGUUAGUUUUUACGCCUGACCCUUCCCGGCGCGUGGAAUCUGUCUAUGUCGCCGAGAAUUAUCUUGGUGUGGUGCAGGUGAUUUUUUGCUGCUCUGAUCAACCUCCAGUCGUGGAGCGAUGCCAGGGCAUUUGGUGGAGAGUCAUUCGGCUUCACGAUGACCUGAUGCUUAUCACUCAGACUGACUCACAGGGUGUUAAGCUACGUAGCCUUGCCUUAAGAAACGAGGAGUCGAAUUUGCAUUUAAAUCACUUGUGGUGCAUUCCUCCAUCAGAGCCUGUCAGAUUGGUUCAACUGGAUCAAGGUCCACCAGCAGCUCAGAUAUCAAUGCUGGAAUGCAACAAACCACGUGUAACCGCGUAUUCGGUAUAUUGGUACUGUCGUAUCAUGUUGAUUCAUGCACACGUGGCGGGAGAAAAGCUCGCAUUCUACCAGGGCCAUGAUAAAGGAGUUUGGGUGUAUUUUGCUCUUGAACAGGGGGAGAAGAUAUCACAAAUCUGGAUGUAUAGCCAAUUCAAACGAGGCUCAGUUUUGAUCUUCAGAACGACACAUAGCCGUGUUGCUUGUUUCGGUCCUCAACCCAAGUUACAACCACUACCCAUACCGACCCUAAUCGAUGUUCCACGUCAAGAUAGGGGAAGCCGCCUUUUUUGGGAGCACUCUCCAUUAGGGGUACGCAACCUAUUUUUUGAAACCUCUGUACCAGCACCUGCUUCGGAAUCCCUAGCUCUCCCCAGACCCUCCUCUCAACAUCCAAGGUCAACCUUCUUCGAGUCUUACUUCUACUCUACUGCAACUUUAGAUGGUGUUAGAAGGAUUGUGCCAUGCCAGCGAUAUAUACACGGCAAACUACGUAUCAUUGGGCUGCUUCUUCAGUUUCCUGGGGGCCGUCAGUCUUGCGUUGGCCAGGUUCGCCUUGACAGCUUGGGAAAUCAUCUCCAAGCGGAUGGUAAUCAAAGCAUCUGGCUCGGCUUCUCCAAAGAUGAUCACAGGCCGUUCGUAUCUGCCUUGGAACUUUCGGAACCAAAACAAAGUGAAGGCCUCUCUUGGCUCGAGGUACAACUUUGCGGCACGUUGGAAUGGUGGUUUUCCUCGAGACAAUGCCAAGUGUGUUAUAUGGGAAAGUCGAGUCCACCAACUAGACUUUGA